AUGGGGAACUGCAUCACCUCCCGCACCUCCAGUGACAGCUUGGUUCCUGCGUCACCGGCCCCCUUCGGCGGGAGGAGACUCUGGGCUCGCUCAGGGCAGGCGAGACCGCGCGACCCGGGGCCGCGCUGGGCACGAGCAGCGCCACGGAUCCCGGGGGGAGCAAUGAGGACCCCUCAGAGAAUCUCCCGCAUAGAGCUCCUGCCUCCAGCAGUAUACGGAAAGGAGGGACAGGAGGAAAAGAUCCAGGAGGAGUGUGGGAUCUGUUUGGUGGCCCUUGUUUGUGGGGACCCCAUCAGGUCUCUGCCCUGCAAGCACGUCUAUCACCUGGACUGCAUCGAUGGGUGGCUGACCAGGUCCUUCACCUGCCCCUACUGCUGGGGGCCUGUGGCGGUCCUGCAGCCUUCAUCCCAGGCCACUAACUGA